UAGUAGUGGAGUGUGUGUAUCGUGACAAUCUGAAAAUGGCGGAUGAAAGCGGAUUGAUUUAACUUUAUCGUACAAAAUUAAGAAUAUCAAGUGAAGAGCGACACAGUUGCACAGGAUGAAUUUGCAGUCCGACGUGAAUUUUUAAGCCUGUUUCCACAGAGCGACUCGACACUAUCGGCGGAAAGCGAAGGUAGAAGGCUAGAGCAUGGAAGAGGACAGUUCCCGUUAUAGCAAACGCCUGCGGACUGGCACACGGCGGCGAUACCAAGACGACAGCAUUUCAGAUGAUGAAAUCGAAGGGAAGAGGUCCUUUGACGUUGACGAGAAACUCCAAAGUGAUCGCUACAACUCCGAUCUGGUCAAAAUUAUGGAUGGGAAAGACUUCACCUUGGAGUACAUCCAACGGGAGGGACUCCGGGACCCCAUUAUCUUCAAAAAAGCAGAUGGUCUUGGCUUAAAGAUGCCUGACCCAGACUUUAGUGUCAGUGAUGUGAAAUUGUUUGUGGGCAGUCGCAGGAUGGUGGAUGUGAUGGAUGUGACCACUCAAAAAGGCAUUGAGAUGUCAAUGGGUCAGUGGAGGAGAUACUAUGAGACGCCGCCUUCUGAACGUGAAAAGCUGUACAAUGUGAUCAGCCUGGAGUUCAGUCACACAAAACUAGAGCAUCUAGUCAAGAGACCUACCUCGGUUGAUAUGAUUGACUGGGUGGACAACAUGUGGCCACGGCAUCUUAAAGAAAGUCAGAGAGACUCCACCAAUGCCAUUAUAGACAUGCAGUACCCUAAAGUACAGAAGUAUUGUCUGAUGAGCGUCGAGGGAUGCUUCACAGAUUUCCACAUAGACUUUGGAGGCACAUCAGUCUGGUAUCAUAUCCUCAGGGGAAGAAAGGUGUUCUGGCUGAUCCCGCCCACACCUCAGAACCUGGAGCUCUAUGAGAACUGGGUGUUGUCAGGGAAACAGGGUGACAUCUUUCUCGGCGAUAAAGCCAGUAUGUGCCAACGGAUUGAACUGAAGCAAGGCUACACAUUCAUGAUCCCUUCAGGUACACAUGCUGUUUACGUUUAAAUUGAAACUCUGGUGUUUGGGGGAAACUUUCUGCACAGCUUUAACAUUCCCAUGCAGCUCAACAUUUACAACAUUGAGGACCGCACACGGGUGAGCACUCAAACAAGCACUCGAUUAUUCCAUUGUUGCCCAUUUGUGAGCUUUUUCUGACUGUCUCUGUGUUUGUGGUUUGUAGUUCAGUUCUAUAAAGAGGAUGUGAUUAAACAAGGAGGCUUUAAUGGUCAAGAAGAAAAUGUAGUGAAGGACGAGGAGGAGGAGAUGGUGAAGGAGGAGCCAGAGCCGGAGGAAGAGGCAGCAUCUCCUGCUCGUCCAGGGGUGAAAGUUCACCUGACACCCUUUGAGCUGCAAGGGCUUUGGGAAUUACUGCACAAGUUGGAGGAAUUGCCAGCACACAAGAAAUGCGUCCCAUCAGGCAUCAGAAAUGCCCCAGCAUUACUCAGUGACAUACGGAAGCUGCUAGAGGAACAUGCCAAUGAUAACCCCAAAUUGUCUUACACUGGAAAACCAAUUGUCAAAUGGCCCAAAAGGCCCUCGUGGUAUCAGCCGCCGCCGCCUCUGUCUCUGCUGUACCGCCCGCGCGCUCCCGGUUCAGCCCCCGUGUUGCCGCCCGUUCCUCGACCCGUGAAGCCGUCUUCCUCCAUCUCGGCUCUGAGACGCAGGCGUGUGCGCUGCAAGCGCUGCGAGGCCUGUCUGCGCACCGAGUGUGGCGACUGCAACUACUGUAGGGACAUGAGGAAGUUUGGAGGACCAGGCAGACUCAAGAAGAGCUGUGUUCUCCGUCAGUGUCUUGCACCGGCGCUACCUCUUACUGCAGUGUGUGCCAUAUGUAAGGAAGGCUAUCAGGAGUCUGUAGACUCCGAGUCCGUCCAAACGCUCAUGGAAUGCUCCGAAUGCGCUCAGAUCACUCAUCCAGAAUGUAUAAAGGUGCCCGGUGAGGGUAUUAUUAAUAAGGACCUGCCCAGUUGUUGGGAAUGUCCAAAAUGUGUCCAGGGCAAGAAAAUAGAGUCUUCCAGUAGUAGUGAGGAGGACACAGACAGCAGUGUGUCCAACGGCAGUCGCUUGUCUGGUCCUCCGGCUAAGCGAGCAUACAGAGAAGGGAUUGGGGUGGGGGGUCUGCGUAUAGGACGCAGAGGCCGCCCACCCCUCUCCUUCUCUUCGCUGCCUCUGACCCGCUCCAGACGGCAGCCGCCUCCUUCCCAGAGACUCCUGCUGCAGCACCAGCAGAACAGGAGGAGAGCAGGAGCACUGGAGUUACAGCUCAGGAAAAGGAUAAAAUUAGAAAGGAACAAAAUCAUCCAGUCGACCCGUUCGUCUGUCUCUCUUUCUCCAAAGCUCCUGCGUCAGCGGAGUCUGGAGAGAGGGGGGGUAGUCAGAGCGGGACCCGGACGGAGCAUUUCGCGUGGCCGAGGGAUGUCCUCCUGUCGUGGGAGAGGGGUACGACUCCGGGGCGGAGGCCGAGGGGGAGGCCUGAGAGAAAGAAUGGAGAUGGAGGUCGAAAGAGAUGACUCUGUGGAAGAAGAACAGGAGGAGAGGAAAGAGAACGGACAGUAUAAUGGUAAAGAGAACCGUCCUCAGAGACCAGGGGGUAAAGCUGGUGAAGACGAGAACGGAGAAAGCCAUCGAAACGGAGAGAGCGAGGGAAGCAGUGAGGGAGGAGAGGCCACUCCAUCUGACACUUCUGUGGUGCUAAGUGAUGAUGUCAGAGGCCAGGGGUCCUGCGUCACGGUGACGUUACAGCCAUCGAGGGGUAGGCGCGACCCUAGCGCCAUUGUUCCCAAACUGGAAGCCAACUUGUCUUCUAGAAGCCUUCCACAAAACCACAAAGCCCUGCUCCGUCCCCCACUGCGAAACGGCGCCCCUCGCUCAGACGGUCCUCAUUCACCUGCGGACAGAUUGCACGUAAACAAAUCACAUGCUCUUUUGUCAUCACCACACACUCUGACCAGAAGCGCAUCCAAACACUCACACAUGGUGCGGAGUCUGAGAUCAAACUUCAGAGAUUCCCCUCACCGGCUGACUCGAGAGAGAAUUGGGAAAAAGGCUCGAUCGGAAAAGGCGAAGUCCUCAGACUCUUGUCCCAGUUCCACCUUGCGGCCCUCAGCGGAGCAGAACGGAGGGAACGAGCCCGGCUGGGAGAGAGAGGUUUGGGUGUCCGUGUUCCGCUACUUGACUCGUGCAGAGCUGUGCGUUUGCAUGGCUGUUUGUAAGAGUUGGUACAAAUGGGGCUGUGACAAGCGUUUAUGGACGCGGAUCAGUCUGAGCCGCUGCCGCUCUAUAAGUCCUCAGGCCCUCACGGGCAUCAUUAAACGCCAGCCUGUCACUCUGGACCUCUCCUCGGCCAACAUCUCCAAGAAGCAGCUCAGCUGGCUCAUCAACCGCCUGCCAGGCCUUAAGGAUCUGGUGCUAUCAGGGUGUAAUUGGGCAUCAGUCUCUGCACUGAGCUCUCCAAGCUGUCCUUUACUGCGCUCUUUAGACCUUAGCUGGGCUGAUGGUGUCAAAGAUGCACAAAUCAGGGAGCUGCUGAACCCACCAGGCAGCGACAACCGUUCCCAGAUGAAGAACAUGCAGUGCUUGUGGCUGUGCGGUCUGGAGGUGACCGAAGCCACGCUGAGGCUGAUCAUCAGACACAUGCCUCUGCUCACUCGUCUGGAGCUCUCGCAUUGUCCCAUCACAGAUGGUGCUCUCAACCUCCUCAGCGCCGUGGGCUCCUCCACGCGCAACACACUCACACACCUCAACUUAGCAGGUUGCAGCCGCCUGACAGACCGGUGUCUGGUGUACCUGCGGCGCUUGUCCUGUCUCUCCGUACUGGACCUACGCGACUGCAAAGGGGUCUCGCGACAGGCGUGCGAAAGCUUUAUCUCCGAGCUGUCUGUCAAUGCCCUCUACUGCCUAUCAGAUGACAAGCUCAUCCAGAGGAUAUCGUAAAACCCGCCCUCCUCAGGGAGAGAGAGAGACUUUGUGAAUAUUUGUUUUGACUGAGAAGGACUGCAGAGUCCGAAUGUGUGUGAGUGAUGGCUUCUGUAGGUCUGUAGGGAGGCUCUCUGUUUGACAGAGGACUGGGUUUCAUGUAUAGCGGCUUAGGAGGGAGGAGCUCAAAGCAUCCAGGGUGGGGCUUAUAUAUAAAUAGGUCUGGGUGAGGAGUAUUCUUUUGUAGUUAACUAUUUCCCUUUUUUCUGUGUUCACACAAACACUGCAAUUGGCAAUCAGAUCGGUUCUCAGGCCUGUCAUGCCAUGGGCUCUUCUAUUAAAGAGAUCAACAGGU